GCCGGGAGCGUGCACUUUGCAGACGCUCCCUGCUCGCCAGCCUCCCUGACCCCGCCGCCUCGCUCGCCGCUCCCAGGUGCCGGCCCCAGCUGUGGCGCCGCAGCUGCUCCGCGCCGCAGCGCACUGGUGGCCCCGGCGGACGAUGGGCGAUGGGCUCGGCCCGGCGUGGAAGGAGGUAUUUCCUGUGUGUCAGCAUUCUAACGGAGUCAAAUACCUCACAGCUACAGAAUAUUUUUAAAGCUACCACCCACCUUGUUCUUGAAAUAACUUCAGAUUUGGCACUUCAUUAAAAAGAUUGAUGAUACAACUUAAAAUGCAGCAUGACUAGAUCAUGGUGCAUGCUUUCAGGAAUUGUCUUCAAUGUUGAUUUCUUUUCUCAUCACCACUCUCUUCUACUACUACUACUGCUACUACGGUAGCAUCUCUCCGAAUGGUUCCUUAUUGAGCAGCAGGAUGGAACUGAAAGGAGGAAAUACACUGACUAAUGCACCAGAGUGAGACUGAUUCCUGCAUUGUGAUCUUUACAUACCUGGACCAUGCAUUUGCUCCUUGGUUUCUUGCUUUAAGAACCCGUGCAGUGAUUGUGAAGCUGUUGGGAAGCCAUGGCGUUCUUUACUCCGUGGAAACUCUCUUCUCAGAAACUUGGCUUUUUUCUGGUGACUUUUGGCUUUAUUUGGGGAAUGAUGCUUCUGCAUUUUACUAUUCAACAGCGAACUCAACAUGAAAGCAGUUCAGUGCUUCGUGAGCAAAUAUUGGAUCUCAGCAAAAGAUAUAUCAAAGCAUUGGCAGAAGAAAAUAGAAAUGUGGUUGAUGGGCCUUAUGUUGGGACGAUGACAGCAUAUGAUCUAAAGAAAACUCUUGCAGUCUUACUGGAUAAUAUCUUGGAGCGUAUUGGCAAGCUAGAGUCCAAGGUGGAGAACCUUGUAAUUAACGGCACCGGAGCAAACUCUACCAACAGUACCGCCACUGCUGCUCCCAGCUUAGGAACAGUUGAAAAGCUCAACGUAGCAGAUCUCAUUAAUGGAGCCCAGGAACAGUGUGAAUUGCCUCCUAUGGAUGGCUUCCCUCACUGUGAGGGCAAAAUAAAGUGGAUGAAAGAUAUGUGGCGAUCGGAUCCAUGUUAUGCAAGUUACGGUGUGGAUGGGUCUACGUGCUCCUUUUUUAUUUACCUCAGUGAGGUUGAAAACUGGUGUCCUCAUUUACCUUGGAGAGCAAAAAAUCCUGACGAAGAAACUGAUCAAAAAUCAAUGGCUGAAAUUCAUACCGACUUUGAUCUCCUCUACAAAAUGAUGUCAAGGCAUGAAGAAUUCCGAUGGAUGAUGUUGCGCAUCAGACGAAUGGCUGAUGCGUGGAUUGAAGCAAUUAAGUCACUUGCAGAAAAGCAAAACCUGGAGAAAAGAAAACGAAAAAAAAUCCUUGUUCAUUUGGGACUUUUAACAAAGGAAUCUGGAUUCAAGAUCGCAGAGAAUGCAUUUAGUGGUGGCCCACUUGGUGAAUUAGUCCAGUGGAGUGAUUUAAUUACAUCUCUCUACUUACUUGGCCAUGACAUUAGGAUUUCAGCUUCACUGGCAGAGCUCAAGGAGAUUAUGAAGAAGGUUGUAGGGAACAGAUCUGGUUGCCCUACCCAGGGAGAUAAAGUGGUAGAACUUAUUUACAUUGAUAUUGUGGGACUUACUCAGUUUAAGAAAACGCUUGGUCCAUCAUGGGUUCAUUACCAGUGUAUGUUACGAGUACUGGAUUCAUUCGGGACUGAACCUGAGUUUAAUCAUGCUCAUUAUGCCCAGUCUAAAGGCCACAAGACGCCAUGGGGGAAAUGGAACCUUAAUCCACAGCAGUUUUAUACGAUGUUCCCUCACACGCCAGACAACAGCUUCCUUGGGUUUGUAGUGGAGCAGCAUCUGAAUUCCAGUGACAUUAAACACAUUAAUGAUAUCAAACGGCAGAACCAGUCACUUAUUUAUGGCAAAGUAGAUAACUUCUGGAAGGAUAAGAAGGCUUAUUUGGACAUCAUUCAUACCUACAUGGAAGUCCAUGGAACCGUCCACGGGACAAGUACUGUCCAUAUGCCCAGCUACGUGAAAAACCAUGGCAUACUUAGUGGGCGGGAUUUGCAGUUUCUGCUGAGAGAAACAAAAUUGUUUGUUGGACUUGGAUUUCCAUAUGAAGGGCCUGCUCCCCUAGAGGCUAUUGCUAAUGGAUGUGCUUUUCUAAAUCUAAAAUUUAACCCACCAAAAAGCAGCAAAAAUACAGACUUUUUUAAAGGCAAGCCUACACUCCGAGAGUUGACAUCUCAGCAUCCCUAUGCUGAGGUUUACAUUGGGAAGCCUCAUGUCUGGACUGUGAACAUCAAUGAUCCUUCUGAGGUCGAGAAAGCAGUGAAAGCAAUUUUGAAUCAAAAGAUUGAACCUUAUUUGCCCUAUGAAUUUACAUGUGAGGGGAUGCUACAAAGGAUGAAUGCAUUCAUUGAAAAGCAGGAUUUCUGUCAUGGGCAAGUGAUGUGGCCACCAUUAAGUGCACUGCAGGUAAAAAUUACUGAACCUGGAAAAUCAUGUAAACAAGUUUGUCAGGAAAACCAGCUCAUCUGUGAGCCAUCCUUCUUCCAACACCUUAACAAAGACAAGGAUCUGCUGAAGUAUAACGUGGAAUGCCAAACUGUUGAAUCUGCAAAUGAUAUCGUGGUCCCAUCUUUUGAUGAAAGCAAGAAACACUGCAUUUUUCAGGGCGAUCUUUUGCUGUUCAGCUGUGCGGGAUCCCAUCCAAACCACAAACGAAUCUGCCCCUGCAGGGACUAUAAUAAGGGACAGGUUGCACUUUGCAAAGAUUGUCUAUAGCAGCAGCACCUUGCUUUAGUUUUGGGAUGAACAAAGUGGUUUUGAGAGAACUACUUAUACUUCCUGCACUUUUGUCCAAUUGUCUGCUGCAGGCCGAGCAAAUGCUGCCGAGCGGAGUUCUCUGAGAAGAGGGAUUCAUAACGAACAUCUAAAUGAUUUUUAUUUUUUUCUAAGUGAACACUUGCAGUGGAGCUCUUUGAAAUCUUCCACCUGCUCAAGGAAAAGAGAAAUAAAGUUCCAUGCUUUGUAACAAUUUGGAGAUCAUUGCGAAGAACAGUUUGUAGAAAAUUCCCAGACCCAUCAAACUUUUUUUUGUUGUUUUUUGGAUGAAACAAGUGUUUUUCUAUUUUUUUAACAAGUUAAAACAUCCCGUCAUCGUCAGCUAAGAAUCUGAACAUCAUUCCAGUAAAAAAAUGGGGGGAAAAUGCACGUGGCGGGUGGGGGAGAGGACUACAUUUAUUAUUGGGGCACUGUUUUGGGUGCUGCUGCAGCUUGAAUGGCUAUAAAAUGGUGCAUUUCACAAGAACUUGGAACCACAAGGUAACACAAAUAACAAUACAUAGCUGCUUGCUCCCAGUCCUUUUUUAAGUCCUCACGUACUACAAGGUAUCGAUGGCAUCACAACUACUGUACCUGGAGCACUCUAAACAGGCAGCUCUGGGAAUGUGAGGAUCAGUGGCUGCCAGUGUGUGACAAAUGCUGUUGUUGUUUGAGAACUGAUUAUGAUUGUGACCUACUCUGGUGUGGAACUGCCGUGGAAACAUACGGCCAUUUUAAAAUGGACUUGUCAUCAUCAGUUUACUGGGUCUGUUUAGAGAGUGAUCCUUGGAAUUUGCCCUUGCUUCUGUUGUAGUCUGCCUAUUCAAAGUACUGUGUGAAGCAAAAAGUAUUCUGCAUCAUUUGAGCAAUAUUGUUUGAUCCUCAGUUUGCUAUACCUUACAGUAGUUAAAACAUUACUGCAAGACGGAGAAAGGAUCAACUAACUAUAAUUUUCUGUAUCAUAGGAAUGUGAACAGUCUUCAUAACAAGCUCUGUUUUUAAAGAGGAAGAUAUUUGAAAGAGCAAUUAUGAGAGAAGGAAAACUUCUUAGGAAAAAUAUUGUUGAUCGCUUUUCUGGAUUCUUUGUCCUUUUUUUAAAUAGGCGAGCCAGGGAUAUAUUUAAAAACUACAGUUAAUUACCAAGAGUUUGAAUUGAAAUUCAGACUUGUUUAGAACAGUGAACCUAAAUCUUUUUAAAUAGUAACAUGUAUCUCUUUUUUUUUUAGAGAGUAAAUUUCUAUUUUUUUGCAGCACAAGGUGACAUGUUUGAAAGCACUGUUCGUGGCUGGGAAAAAUUACGUUAAAUUAGAGGGAAAUGAAUUGCUUAGUCUGCAGUAGGAUUUGAAAAAGACCAUAGCUUGCAGGUUUAAAACUUGGGUAUUUCCCAGUCAUAACUGAAAAACCUCAAUUUGAUUUUUUCCCCCCCUUUGUGAAGACUUAACAAGCACUACCCAGUCUCUCCUUUAAUGAAAGUAUAGGCACUUUAAUAUUUUUCUCUAGACUAUAUCAGGUUCACUCAUUUUUUUUAUAACCAUCAUUCAUUAUCCGUGUGAGAGUACUGAAGUCUCUCAUGACCUACCAAAGACCAAAUAAGGGAAACACGACCGAAACUGUCAAAUUAUCAAGAGAAGUUAACAGAAAAGUAGAAGUUCAGUUUCCAACUUGAGUGUAAUUUCAAGUAUGUUUAAAUUCCCUAAUUCAACACUCCCAUUUCAUUGUUACACGAUGUAACAAGUACUGCAGACUAGAUAGAAAUUGGUGUCUAAAUGAUUGAGUAUCCAGAAAGCAUAUAUGGCAGAAACCUGGGCAGCAGUGUUUAUCAAUAAUAACUGGGAUGUAAUGAUAGUAAAGCUUCUGUAAUUGCAAUAAUUCUGCAAAAAUGGAACAUAACUGGUUACUUAUUAGGAAUAGUUUUGUAUGAAAAGAAAUUGAGCAGUUUUGGGGGGUGUUCCAGGCAUUCCCUCAGUCAGAAUGGAUGCUGUUUGCAUUGGCUUUUAAUAUCCAGGGAACUCUGAUUCUUGGCUUUUUUUAGAAUUGGAAUCUGAGGUGCCUCAACAGUUCAUUUUAGGUGUUCUCCAUAUUCCUGUACAUAUGAUACGAGUACAGCCAGAAGAAUCCCAGGCUUUAAAGAAAAUAUGCGCACCAAUUUGGGCCUUAUAUCUGGCAUUAACUUAUUGGUGACAACAGAAUCUGCCUUUUUGUGAUGCAACCUGAGUUUCUGUAAUCAGAAGUGUAAUAAGUUAGAUGGAACAUCACAUCAUACAUUGGCAAUAAAGACUUGUGCAAGCGUGCUUAAACAACCCAAAGCACUAUGCCUACUGUAACAUAACAAUUAGAAACCAUUUGCUGUUGUU